AUGAGAACGGUGGCAGACUAACACGAUCUCCAAAUGAAUUUACAAAUACGCAAUGCAUAAUUGCCGUUGCGAACGGACCAUCCGUCGCACUCCGUAAACUAACAAUCCUCUCUUUCACUGCUUAUUCUUCUGUUCAUCGUUUCAGAUCUCAAUUACCAAACCCUCCCUUUUAUUUUUCUUUUUCAAAAUUCUUUGAUUCAAAUAUCUUAAUUUUCAUCGUUUUUAAAGAGGAAGAGGACGGGGAAGAGGAGAGACUCAUAGCCAAUGGAGGUGCCUAGCUCAUGGGACGCUCUACGCAAACAGGCAAGGAAACUUGAAGCUCAGUUGGAUGAGCAGAUGAAUUCAUACCGUAAACUGGUUUCUGCAAAGGCUUCUACAAAAAUUGAUGCUGCAGAGGACAAUCUAGAAUCUGGGAUAGACCGACUGCUAAAGCAGCUCCAACAAGUGAAUUCACAGAUGCAAGCUUGGGUGUCAUCUGGAGGAUCAGAAAUGGUUUCUCAUACCUUGACUCGACAUCAAGAAAUUCUUCAAGAUCUUACUCAGGAGUUUCAUCGUCUCCGUUCCAGCCUUAGAGCUAAGCAAGAACACGCUUCACUCCUUGAGGAUUUUAGGGAAUUUGAUCGAGGUAGAUUAGACUUGGAAGAUGGUGUGGGUACCACAGAGCAAGCUCUUCUUAGAGAGCAUGCAUCCAUUAACCGAAGUACAGGACAGAUGGAUAAUGUGAUUUCACAAGCUCAAGCAACUCUUGGUGUGCUUGUCCUUCAACGUUCAACUUUUGGGGGAAUCAAUUCAAAGCUCAGCAAUGUUAGCAGCCGCCUUCCAACGGUAAACCAGAUUCUCUCUGCAAUAAAGAGGAAAAAGUCAAUGGAUACGAUAAUACUUUCCCUGGUUGCAUCGGUUUGCACUUUUCUUAUCUUUAUUUAUUGGCUGACAAAGUAAAGAAUAUCAUGUUGGGUGUUCCUGGAAAGCGCCUGGGUGAAAGAAACAACCUUGUCCUCAACUCUUUGAUGCUCUUGGCUUGAUUAAAGAAGGCUGUGGUUUUUGUCGAGUCUAAGAUGACAUAACUAGCAGAUAAUACAUUGUAUUUUCAUCUCCAUAGCAGUGAUGAUAUUUCUUGUAAAGGUCAAUACAAAAUUUGUUUAGACAAGGUUAAUAUGAGGCUAAAAGCUGAGACAUCAACAGCGAUCGCUCUUGGACAAUUUUUAUGUCCUUGGAUUAACCAGGGUUAUAAAAUAAGCUUGUGAUUUGGAAAAGUGUAUAUCAUUCAAAUUUGUGUCAUUGGUUUGGUUAUUAAAUUUGUUUAAUGGGUUUCAA